AUGUCGUCGGGAGGGACAAAGAGGAAAGCAGUAAAACUUAUGCGGCACGAUUACAACGUCGCUUGGAUUUGUCCAGUCUCUAACGUCGAGUUAUCGCCCGCACGACUCCUCCUGGACACUAAACAUCAAACGCCAGAUUAUGACUCCAAUUACGACGACAAUGUUUACAAAUUCGGAUCAAUGGGAAAGCACAACGUGGUCUUGGCCAGUUUGCCUCUUGCAAUGACUGGCAACGUUAAUGCAGCACGACUGACAAGUUCCGUGUUCAGAACAUUCCCCAACAUCAAGAUAGCAUUGCUUGUGGGGAUUGGUGGGGGUGUUCCUCUCAGUCAGCCUCAGUCCGAUCCUCUCAAGGAUAUUCAUCUAGGGGAUGUUGUUGUCGGGUGGUCAACCGACAAGAGCAGGCUAUCCACCAUUAAUUAUGAGGCUGGCAGAACACACGUCGGCGGGGAAUUUGAGAUACUCGACCAUUCCAAUCGGCCUCAGUGGGGUUCUCUGAGUGCCAUUAGUGCCCUCCAGAACGACCAUGAAUUACACGAAACCGAGUUCGAUGUCUACCUCGAUAAGCUUCGAUCUUCGGACGAGAACCGCAAAAAAUUCUCUCACCCAGGUCUUGAGCACGACAGAUUAUUCAAAGCUGAUUUUAAGCACACUGGCGAUUAUGGGAACUGUACCAGGUGCCAACAGAGCACGACCGGUCUUGUGUCGCGUCCGGCGCGUACGUCAGAACACGCCAGAGAAUUCGUCUUUCAUUUUGGGAGAAUAGCCACCGGCGGCUCCGUUAUACAAGAUGGCCAGCGACGAGAUGAAAUAAGCAGAUUGUGUGGCGGAAUACUAUGCAUCGAGAUGGAAGUUGCGGGUGUCGAUGCCAAUAGCCCGUGUCUGGUGAUUCGGGGGAUCUCAGAUUAUGCAGACUCUCACAAAAAUGAUGUCUGGAAAUCUUACGCAGCGGGGAAUGCGGCUGUGUUUGCUCGACAUCUGUUGGAGUUGAUCCCACGUACCGUGAAUUCGAAGGAUGAACGCAGAGGUUAUUCAGAGACCAUCCGCGGAUCACAAAGAAAGAUGUCGACUGCGAUCAUGGCUCUUGGCGAGACACCGCAUUCAACGACUUGA